UUCAUCUCACACAUCAAUUGCUCAACAUUUCUGGAUUGCAAUCUUAGUUAUAGAAUACAAACCCCUGGCCCUGAUGGAGUUUUCUAAGGUUUCUUCCUUAGCUGUUACUUGUCUUAUGGCCUUAGCCAUAGUCCUUCCCUCCCAUGCCCAAGAUUCGCCACAAGACUACCUCAACGCUCACAACACAGCCCGAGCAGCGGUUGGUGUUGGCCCUAUGACUUGGGACAACAACGUAGCUGCCUAUGCAGAAAACUAUGCUAACCAGCGCAUUGGUGACUGCAACCUUGUGCACUCCAGUGGACCUUAUGGUGAGAACCUUGCUUGGAGCAGCGGUGACCUUUCGGGCACCGAUGCUGUAACAAUGUGGGUUAACGAGAAGGCCGACUAUGAUUACAACUCUAACACCUGUGCACCAGGCAAGGUUUGCGGUCAUUAUACUCAGGUGGUUUGGAGCAAAUCGGUUCGUCUCGGGUGUGCUAAGGUCAGGUGCAACAAUGGUGGAACUUUCAUUGGUUGCAACUAUGAUCCUCCAGGCAAUUUCAUCGGCGAAAAACCUUACUAAAAAAGGUUCCAAAUCCGAAUACAAAUUUCCAAUCGCUUUUGCUUUAAACCCUUCCAAAUCAACUUAUACAUAUACAAUAAAUAUGCUAUGUACUGAUCAGCCUACUGCAAGGCUAAUAAUUAUGAAGAAAUGCAAUUUUGUUAUUACGAGUUGCUAUUCUGAUUUCUUAUUGAAAUGAAA